AUGGAUUUAGAUGCCAUUACAAAGCAUUCAGCAUUACAUGCAAAGCCCAAUGGACUCAUUCUUCAUUAUGGGACUGCUGGAUUUCUUGAGGCAGAACAUCUUGAUCAUGUCAUGUUUUGCAUGGGAUUAUUAGCUGUCUUGAGGUCAAAACAGACAAAAUCUACAAUAGGAGUCCUGGCGACAGCAUCACACAAUCCUGAGGAAGACAAUGGUGUAAAAUUGGUUGAUCCUUUGGGUGAAAUGUUAGCACCAUCCUGGGAGGAACAUGCUACCUGUUUGGUAAACGCUGAGGAACAAGAUAUGCAGAGAGUGCUGACUGACAUCAGUGAGAAAGAAGCUGUGAAUCUGCAACAAGAUGCCUUCAUAGUUAUUGGCAGAGAUACCAGGCCCAGCAGAGAGAAACUUGCACAAUCUGUAAUCAAUGGCGUGACUGCUUUGGGAGGCCAAUUCCAUGAUUAUGUUUUGUUAACAAAACCGCAGCUGCACUUCAUGGUGUACUGUCAAAAUACCAGUGGCCGAUAUGGAAAGGCAACCAUAGAAGGUUACUACCAGAAACUCUCUAAGGCUUUUGUGGAACUUUCCAAACAGGCUUCCGGCAAUGGAAAUGAAUAUAGAUCACUCAAGGUCGACUGUGCAAAUGGUAUAGGGGCCCUGAAGCUAAGAGAAACGGAACACUACUUCUUACAGGGGCUGUCAGUGCAGCUAUUUAAUGAUGGGACGAAAGGGAAACUCAAUCACUUAUGUGGGGCUGACUUUGUGAAAAGUCAUCAGACGCCUCCUCAGGAAAUGGAAAUGAAGUCCAAUGAAAGAUGCUGUUCCUUUGAUGGAGAUGCAGACAGAAUUGUUUACUACUACCUUGAUGAUGCUGAUGGUUACUUUCAUCUUAUAGAUGGAGACAAAAUAGCAACAUUAACAAGCAGUUUCCUUAAAGAGCUUCUUUUGGAGAUUGGAGAGCGUUUGAAUAUUGGUGUUGCACAAACUGCUUAUGCAAAUAGAAGUUCAACACAGUAUCUUGAAGAAAUUAUGAAGGUACCUGUUUAUUCUACUAAAACUAGUGUAAGACAUUUGCACCACAAGGCUCAAGUGUUUGACAUUGGAGUUUAUUUUGAAGCUAAUGGGCAUGGCACAGUACUGUUUAGUAAAGCUGCUGAAAUGAAGAUAAAACAACUAGCAAAUGAUUUAGAAGAUAAGAAAAUGAAAGCUGUUAAGCUGCUUGAAAAUAUUAUUGACUUGUUUAACCAGGCAGUUGGUGAUGCUAUUUCUAACAUGCUGGUGAUUGAAUCAAUUUUGACUCUGAAGGGCUGGACUGUACAACAGUGGGAUGCUGUCUAUACAGAUCUUCCAAACAGACAAUUGAAAGUUAAGGUUUCAGACAGGCAAGUUAUUAGUACCACUGAUGCUGAAAGACAAGCAGUAACACCCCCAGGAUUACAGGAGGCAAUCAGUGACUUGGUUAAGAAGUACAGGCUUUCCCAAGCUUUUGUCCGGCCCUCUGGAAUGGAAGAUGUGGUCCAAGUAUAUGCAGAAGCAGACUCACAAGAAAAUGCAGACAGCCUUGCACAUGAAGUGAGCUUGGCGGUAUAUCAUCUGGCUGGAGGAAUUGGAGAAAGACCCUAACCAGGUUCUUGAAGACAAUUUUUAUAUUCCUGAGAAACCAGAGUUUUUAAAAAGUUUUUG